AUGGCGACGACAUUCCUCCGCAACCUGGUGUUGCGGCCGUCGCUUAGGCAGCCAAUUCGGCCACCACCAUCGCCCUUCUCCACCAUACGGGCCUUCUCCAGCACCCCAUCGCCAAAGGCAACCCUCAACCAAGUCCUGCGGGGCUGCCGGAAACCCCAACGCGCCCGCCACGCCGUCUCCCCGGCGCUCUCGGCCAUCCACGCGCCCGCGCUCAAGGGCGUCUGCGUCAAGGUGGGCAUCACUAAGCCCAAGAAGCCCAACUCGGGCGAGCGAAAGACGGCCCGUGUACGCCUGUCUACGGGCAAGGUGAUUACAGCGUACAUUCCCGGCGAAGGGCACAAUAUCCAGCAGCACAGCGUCGUGCUGGUCCGCGGCGGGCGGGCGCAGGACUGUCCCGGCGUGCGGUACCACUUGGUUAGGGGCGCUUUGGACUUGGGUGGUGUUGGCGCGAGAAUGACGAGCAGGAGUAAAUACGGGACGAAGAAACCCAAAAAGGCAUCAGUUGGCUAAGCUGCAGUGAUCUUGUUCUUCAAGGGCGCAGGAGCGAAUCUCAGGGAUGCCGAUGCUUAGAUGAGACGCAAGCAAGUUGGGACUUUUCAGCAAGCAUUAGUCCCUUUUGUACUAUUAUAUGUACAUAUAUCGCAUACCAUGGACAUCGAAAAUUCCCACAGCAACAGCAAUAUGCUAUCGCAAUGAGAGACACCUAAACAGCAUAUCAGUCAAAGAAAUUUCAGGUUAGCAGAUCCCCAUUUGGCGUACACUUAAAACUCUACAACACAGAAGCCACCGCCAGAAGCCAACGGGCCACAGUCCAAACGGCUGCCAAUGACCAUAGUCCCCAGACGCCUCCGUGAUCCGUUAACCCUUUUU